CUUGGAUACGAAUCACAUCUAUUUCGACUUCUUUCCUUCUUACAUGCUAUUCAUUUCGUUCUCUGUAAGAAAUUUGGUAUUAUAAUAUUUUCUUCGGUUAUUUCAAGCUUCAAGUAGGUUAUUUAAAGCUUUCAAGCUUGAGAUUACAAAAAAUGUCUUUAAAUACCUCUAAUAUACGAUGUCCAAGAAAAAUACCUCACUUGUGUCUAUUUUCGAUAAUGAAAUGCUAUUUUAAUAAAAUAUUUCAUUUAUUGAAUGCACACAGACGAGAUCAUUCAUGGGGAAUCAGAUGGAUUUUUGUUGUUUUGAGUUGCUUGUUUUUGAUAAAUGCACAGCAAGUCAAAACAAGCUCCCCUGGACUAAAAGCAGCAGGAUGGACGAUGCCGGAAGGUGAUAUAUUUGUCAAAUAUGGUGACAAUCUGCAAAUUUGGUGUAAAUUAAAUGAAACAUUUACAACUAAAGAAUAUUCAGGUUUAAACUCUUCGAAUAUCUCUUUCAUUCGCGAUAAUGUAACAGUAGAGCACAAAUUCAUUACUACAAUCAAUAAAACAACAGCACUGUUGAACAUUGAAUCACCACCAGCUGGACAUUUUACGUAUUUUUGCAUUUUGGACCUACCUGGUGACAUGGACGCAAUUGUUGGUGUUAAUGCAGUUUCUGUUGCAUAUGAACCUCAACUACCUAUAAAUUUUACUUGUAGAUUCUAUAAUUGGAAAAGUAUAACAUGUAAAUGGAACGUAUUACAGCACUAUGUACCAACAACCCAUCAAUUGGUAUAUGUAAUACACACAACAGAAAGAGAAGAACUUGUUCCUUGUCCUAUAGAAGAAGCGAAAAAUGAUUCGUGCAUUUGGACUCAACAUACAUAUCCAAUAUACAGGCAAACACAGGAAAAAUAUACGUUUAUACUGCAAAUUAAAAAUAUGUUUGGCAGGAAAGCAUUGAUAUAUAAUGAUAUCGAUCAUUUUGCUAUAGUUAUUCCUGCAAAACCUGCGCAUCUAUCAGCGAUUAAUGAAACAUCGGAUAGUGCAACAUUGUGUUGGGAAUCCCCCUCUCCGAUGAAUAAUUUUCCUCCCGGUUUGACACAUAAAAUUAUGUACCAGAAUCAGUGGGAUCAUGAAAAAGAUUGGAAGAUUAUUAAUAUUGAUACAGAGCCUUAUUUGCACAAGAGAUGUUCCACUCUUACCGGAUUAUACGCUAAUUCCGUGUAUGGUGCAUUCGUUUAUUUAAGAAGCUCUAAGGCUGUAGAAAAUGAUAUGUAUAGUGAACCCGCUGCUAUUGCAUUCAGCACAUUACCAACGUUACCUAGCUUUCCACCGCAAACCGAUAUUGGUAGCUUCGAAAUUGUCGAACACAAUGAAACUCGAGAUAUAUAUUUAUAUUGGCAAAUGAUAGAGCAAUAUCAUGAAAAUGGUGAUAAAUUUAAGUAUCAUGUUAUUCAUGUGGAAGAAGAUGGUCAUAAAAUAGUUCUCGAACCGAUCGAGAUAACCAAGUCGUAUGCCAAGUUUGAGGGACUCAACUUUAAUAAAUACCGAUUUAAGAUUGUCUCGGAGAAUAAAAUCGGCAUUAGUAAGAAUUAUACAGAAAUUAUUGUUCCUAAUCCAGUGCUACGUGGACCGUUAGACUUUACAAAAAUGGCUUUCGGUAGAGGACUGUACGAAUUGUCUUGGUCGCCGAGCACGUAUAAAUACGUCACGAAUUAUACCAUCUUUUGGUGCCACAACGAACACGAUCGUCCUUAUCAGUGCACAGGUUACUUGAACUGGACACAUGUAUCCAUGAAUACUACAGUCUAUAACAUAACUGUAUUAGAUUCGAACAAAAUAUACCAUUUCGCAAUUUCCGCAAAUACGAAUAACGGCAGCAGCGGUAUGAAAUGGUCAUUACAGUGAUUCGCUCAAAAGAGCUCGGCAGAAUGAAAUUCAUAUGGAUUAAUCGUUUCGGAUUAGACUUCAUCGACUUCGUCGAAUAGUACUUUGACUGUUUAGAUAUUGGGAUCAUGGAAGAAAUGAAAAUUUAUUAUUGUUUUGUUGUGUCAGUGUUAAAUAUCAUGUGCAAGGAAACCAAGCGCAAUAUUAGCGUUAAAUAUUAUCCAUACAGGAUGUACGACAUUGUCAAAAAUUUAAUGCUCUAUACUGUGCUCGAACUCACGAUGGUGACCAAGUAUGGGAAUCAACCUAGUAAGUCCUUAUAUCAGACUACUAAUGAGACGGCAUCCAGUACUUCCUUUUAGAACCUUUGAUUGCAAGACUGUUGGGAAACAAUAUAAAUUUAGAGCCGUUAACAUCGAUUCCAACAAUAAAUAUUUAACGAGACCUUGGUCCGAAAUUGGAGAAGAUAAUUGUUUUAGUAAUGAUCAGUAUUUAUUGGAGAAGAAGACAAAAAAUUAUU